ACAAAGGCCAACGGUUUCCACGGCUCAGGCCCGAAUCGAGACUGUUCUCCAGCCCGCGUCCUUCACGCCCGCUCCUUCCCCUCCGGCACUGGGGGGCACCGCGAGACUCUUACCGUCGCGGCCCCGCCAGCUGGGUCCUCCCAUGCAGUCGCCGGCUCCCUUGCGCUGAGCCCGGCGCCAGUCGUGGCGCAUGCGCAGAGGACUCGCCGCGUCACAGUCUCUUGACUUCACGGCGGCAACGACUUCUAACAGCGCCGCUGGUGUAGUGGUAUCAUGCAAGAUUCCCAUUCUUGCGACCCGGGUUCGAUUCCCGGGCGGCGCAGCUGACUUUUUUACCCAUUUGAACAACGAACUCCCGCUAAUGCCAGAAAUUUUAAAGGAGAGAAAACCAGAAACCAAGGGAAGGCGCCCAGUCUGGUGCAGCGCUGACACACAUUUCGGAGAGUGACACAGGUGCCCUGAAAACCCUGGACGGCCAUGGGCGACAGGGUGCCUGAGCUGAGGCGCCUGUAAACCAGCAAGCCAAGCUCGCCGUUCAGUCCCCUGCCCGGGGCCGCCACCCACCGCUGAGCCGCUCCCCACCGUGCCUCUGGCGGCUGCGGGUCCUUUAACGGGAGGCGCGCGUACUCCUGGGAAUUGUAGUUUAUCAGCUCCCGACGCGCCCCGCGGCAUCUGGACUACAGCUCCCGACGUGCCCCGCGGGAUGCCGGCCACCGCCCCCGACGCGACCCGCGCCGGUUCUGCGGCGGGGAGUUGUUGCGGCCGCGAUGCUGGUGGCGGCGGCCGCGGAGCGGAACAAGGAUCCCAUCCUGCACGUGCUGCGGCAGUACCUGGACCCGGCCCAGCGCGGCGUCCGCGUACUCGAGGUGGCCUCGGGCUCCGGCCAGCACGUGGCGCACUUCGCGCGGGCCUUCCCCCUGGCCGAGUGGCAGCCGUCGGACGUGGACCAGCGCUGCCUGGACAGCAUCGCGGCCACCACGCAAGCCCAGGGGCUGACCAACGUGAAGGCCCCGCUGCACCUGGACGUGACGUGGGGCUGGGAGCACUGGGGCGGGAUCCUGCCGCAGUCGCUGGACCUGUUGCUCUGCAUCAACAUGGCCCAUGUCAGCCCCCUGCGCUGCACGGAGGUCUGUGGGGAGCCCAGCAAGGGUGUCUGCCGUGGCACUCCUCACCCUGCAUGGGGGCAGCCGGGAUGCCAGAUAUGCCCCCAUCACAGUUGGGGGGCUCUUCAGAGCAGCAGGAUGCCUGCUCAAACCCAGGGCCCUGCUCAUCACCUACGGGGGAGGGGGUGCCCUUUCAUUCUCCGAACCCCAGCCUGCGAGUCUGUCCCAGGCUCUCUGGGAAAUACCCGACCUUGGUCCAGUGGGCUGUGUCCCCAUGCCCACAGCCCUAUGCCAUCAAUGGGAAGAUCUCCCCCCAGAGCAACGUGGACUUUGACCUGAUGCUCAGAUGCAGGAACCCAGAAUGGGGGCUUCGGGACACAGCCCUCCUGGAGGACCUGGGAAAGGCCAGUGGCCUGCUCCUGGAGAGGAUGGUGGACAUGCCAGCCAACAACAAAUGCCUGAUCUUCCGGAAAAACUAAGCCCCUUCUUCACCCCCCGCACACCUGCAUUCCUGCCGGAGGCUCUGUGAGGCACGAACCCUGCCUCCCUAGGCCGGACCUUGUGGAAGACAGCCCCACCCAGUCUGUGCUCUCAGCCUGUGGCCCAAGGAUGCAGCCUGCUCAGAAUAAAGCAUGUCCUGCUGCCA